AUGGCGCAGGUGGCAGAAUUGAAGAAGAGGCGGCUGCAAGACUACGGUUUCCAUCUUGAGUACCGGACAAGAUGGAGCGACAACGAUAUGUACGACCACAUGAACAACAGCGUAUACUACUUUCUCUUCGACAGCAUUGUCAAUACAUACCUUAUGACGCAUUGCAAGCUCGACCCUCCCACAUCAUCAUUGAUUGGACUAGUUGUGCACUCACAAUGCGAUUACCUAGCUCCAGUAGGCUUUCCUGCAAUGAUCGAUCUCGGAUUACGAGUCAAGAAACUGGGAAAAAGUAGCGUCAACUACGAGAUUGGUGUCUUCGAACGCGGCAUCGAAGAGGUAAAGGCUGUUGGCGAGUUUGUGCAUGUCUUCGUGGAUCGGGAGAGUAGAAGGCCCAGAGCAGAAGGCAUGACUGCCACCAUGAAGGAACAGCUCGGAUCCUUGGCAGGUAGCAAAGCAAAGCUCUGA